AUGUGAGGAACAAGCAGGGGGUCGGUGCCAAUCGAGCAGAGGCGCUGGGUGGUGGAUUGGGGAAUAAGGAGGCUGGAGAGAUGUCUGUGACCUCCGCGGUGCCAGAAGAAAUCCUGCAGGACACGUACCUUAUUCAGGGGCUUAUGGUUGCCGCCAAAGAUGCAGCACUGUACCACGGAGUCCUCAUGAGGACCGUCGAGGAUCCAAAUUCAUCCGAGAUGAUCAACUACGCCCCAUUCAGUCUCUUCCCUUCACCGGUGCCAGAGAAUCUCUUUAAAGAGGCGAUGGAUGUCCAGAAAGAUUUCAAUCUCCUGAUUGAUAGAGUCAGUCAGGACCAGGAAUUUCUAACCAAAGCCCUAGAAAGCACUAUAAGAGUGGAUGAUUUUACGGCUCAUCUAUUUGAGAUCUACAAAAGUGUGCGUGAUGAAGGCAUCCGCCAGAAUAUUAUUUUAGGUAUAAACCGAUCAGAUUACAUGUUUCACAAUGGGCAAAAUGACAAACCAACCCUCAAGCAAAUAGAAAUCAACACGAUAGCAGCAAGCUUCGCUGGGCUGGGCAGCCGUAUCCCAGAUAUACAUCGACACGUGUUCCAGGUUUGGGGGAAACCCGAGGAGGCGGCUAAGAUCCUGAAGUGUGAAGCGAUCUAUCGCAUCACUGAUGGGAUUGCUAAAGCCUGGCGUAUGUAUGGCUCAGAGAAGGCGGUGAUUGUCUUUGUGGUUGAAAACGUAGCGAGGAACAUCUUUGACCAGCGAUGUCUGGAAAUGGAGCUCUGGCGCAGGAAUAUUACCGUGCUGAGAAGAAAGACAGAGGAAAUAUACCAGAGAGGGAUUUUAGACACAGAUAGAAAGCUUUUCAUAGAUGGCUAUGAAGUGGCUGUUGCUUACCUUCGAACUGGAUACGGACCUGACGAUUACCCAUCCUUGGAGGACUGGAACGGGCGGUUGCUGCUGGAGCGAUCGAGGGCUAUCAAGUGUCCUGACAUCGCCACUCACCUGGUGGGAACCAAGAAGGUGCAGCAGGAGCUGACACGGCCGGGAGUCUUGGAGAAGUUUCUCUACGACAACCCCGAGGCCGUGGAACGCAUUCGAGCUACUUUUGUGGGUCUGUACAGUUUCGAUGAGGGGGAAGAAGGUGACAAAGUGGUUGCGAUGGCGAUGGCAGAACCGGAGCACUUUGUGCUUAAACCACAGCGAGAGGGAGGAGGAAAUAACAGCUUUGGGGAGGAGCUCAAACAGCUUCUGGGAAGCCUUAAAGACAGCCCAGAGCGGUCAGCGUACAUCCUGAUGGAGAAGGUCACGCCGCUGCCUGUGGUAAAUUACCUGGUGCACCCGGGAGUCCCUCCGAAAUUGACGGAGUGUGUUACGGAGCUGGGAAUAUUCGGAGUCUAUAUCAGGCGCUGUGGGAACAUGGUGAUAAACGACUGCUCGGGACAUUUGCUACGGACCAAGAGCACAGAGUUUGCAGACGGAGGAGUGGCUGCCGGGGUGGCCGUGCUGGACAGCCCUUAUCUGGUCUGACCUCCAGGCUGUACAUUGUAUUGCAGAGCGUAAUUUACAGAGGUUUGGCACAGCUCUUUCCCCUUUAGCCCCCAUCCCUGCCCUCGCUUUUGAACCCCGUGAGCCAAGUCCCUAGCGGUGGGAACAUCCAGUCUCGCAGACUCCCACCACCAGCAGGACCCAGCCAGACAAACCCCAAACUGGAGAAUAAAGUCAAACAUUUACAGUAAUUUGCGAGUGGUCAGUGUUGUGUAUGGAAGGAGGACAGUUUAAUGGAGAUGCAGGAAUAAGGAGAGCGCAGGUCUCAUCCCCUUCUGUGGGCCCUCUUCCCCCGCAGUUUAGUGCUGCUGGCGAUGCGUAGUUAUACAAUGGAGGAAACCCCCCAAUCCGCUCCCUGCCACCUCCCGAAAUUCUGGAGCAUUCUCCCUCAAUCUCUCCGCCUCAGCCCCUCUUCCCCAUCUUCAGGUUGCGCCUGAAGGCCUUCGACCAUGCCUACGGUCACCUCCCCCCCACCUCUCGUUCGGCGUCAUGCUCCACCACUGUCGAGCUCUCUCAGAUACUGCCCUGCGUGAGGGACGCUGUGUAAAUGCAAGUUGUUGCAUUGGCCAACGCCAGCUAAGAUUCCUUUCCGCCCCAACUUGGAGAACUCAACCUGGGAUCAACAAAGUUCACAUGAACCAAAGCCUCUGAUCCCUGAUGCCCUGAAGGUCUGUAUUGCUCAGAUAUUUAGGAACACGAUUAAGCCAUUCAGCCCCUCGAGACUGUUCCGCCAUUCGAUAAGAUCAAGGUUGAUCUGUACCUCAACUCCAGUUAACCCGUCUUUUCUCCAUAUCCCCUUGAUGUCCCCUGACCUUACAACUUUGCUUUGACACUUUAUAUUUUUUGAUGAAUUUUCCUUCCAAUUUGCCCAGUUAAUGGUUGAAGGGAAAAAGUUCAGAGAAUAGUUACUUUUGGGUCACUGAGCAUUCCAGUGGGGUUUAGUGAAGAUUUAGCCACCAAACAAUUGCAAUCUUCUCAGCCACCGUGUGUGUAUGUGUCACAGUUCGUCACAGUAGCACAGAACACUUCCCUUGUGGGGAAGACAAAGAGUUAAGAACGUAAGAAUUGUUUGAUGAAAGUCAUUGCCAGCGUUUCAAAGUGUUUGGGUUUGAUUUAUCAUUAUUUUCCGUUGUAUGUGCAGUUCAUUCCUCCCUCACCAUCACCAGAACUGCGGUUUCCUCUUGUGAGCUGCUGUUCUGUGAUGAGGAAACGGAAACUCUGCUUCCGACCUCGUCAGUGUGUUAAAAGGCUCUGUUUCUGCAGGUGUUUGACUUCCGCAAUACAGGGUUUCUGUCACAAGAGGACAACCAUGAGCCACAAAAACACAGUAAACCUCACAGGUCCGAAAGAUUCACUGUGACUUAUGCAAAUUAUUAGUUAUGUCAAACUUGCACAGAACAAACUCUUGAACGGGACGCGGUAAGAUGCACAACUUAGGCCAUUAUACACUUUAUAUAGAUCAGACUUGUGUAAGUUUUACAAUCGUGCUUCAAUUAUUUCAUAGUUACUUUCAACUUUUUUCUCUCUUGCUUUCCCCAAUCUGUCUCUUUUUUUUUUCUUUUCCUUUCCAUACUCCCCCAUCAAUUUCACAUAUCUUCCACUUAGUACCUUUCUGCACGCAAGACUUUUAAGAGCUGAAUUGAAACCGUGAUUUAGAGCACAGAAGGGAGGCCAUUCAGCCCAUUGUGUCUGUGCUGACUCUCCCCUUAAGCCCAUUACCUGGGACACUUGCUCUAUCAAUGCGGCUCUAGUAAUAAUUUCCAUUUUACAACCUCCCUCCAGUGACUGAACUGUUUUAUCAAAUCACAUGUUUUCAAUCUUGUAUCAUGUCAAAUAAAAUCAAAAUCCUAUAUUUGAGAAAUUGUUAUAUACUUAAUAAUAAAUAUGUUGAUUGCA